GCCACCGUGGUCAGUCAGGUACAAAGGCUGGCUGUCCUCCAGGCAGCCCUCUGCCCUCUGCUGUGUCCGACAGACCGCCACCUCCAUUUGUGCACACUCGGCCUGCAGAAACAGGAUCAGCCACAAUGCAGCUCUUCCUCUUCGUGUGCCUGCUGCUCCUCGGCCCUCAGGGCGCCAGCCCCCGCCGCCAUCACCCCCGGGAGAUGCGGAAGAAAGUGAAGGAACCCCUCGUGGAGGCCACGGCGGCCCCCAGCAGGAGGGACUUCGUCUUCGACCUCUAUAGGGCCUUGGCUUCCACCACCCCGGACCAGAACAUCUUCUUCUCCCCUCUGAGCGUCUCCAUGAGCCUGGCCAUGCUGGCCCUGGGGGCGCGGUCCAACACCAAGACGCAGAUCCUGGAGGGCCUGGGCCUCGACCUCCAGGCCCGCUCAGAGGACGAGGUCCACCACGGCUUCCAGCGGCUCCUGCACGAACUCACCCAGCCCAGAGAAGACCUGCAGCUGAGCCUUGGCAGCACCCUGUUCAUCGACCGCAAGUUGGAUAUCCAGGACACCUUCCUGAGCGCCAUGAGGACACUAUACAUGGCAGAGGCCUUCUCCACCGACUUUGAGGACUUCGUGGGAGCCAAGAAGCAGAUCAAUGACUACGUGGCCAAGCAAACCAAGGGCAAGGUGGCGGAGCUGCUCAAGGACCUGGACGGCACCCAGAUCAUGGUCCUGGUGAAUUACAUUUUCUUCAAAGCUAAGUGGGAGACGAGCUUCAACCCCGAGGACACCCAGGAGCACAACUUCUACGUGAGCCCCGAGGCCUUCGUGCGGGUGCCCAUGAUGAAUCGCCAGGACCGGUAUCUCUACUUCCUGGACCGGAACCUCUCCUGCGUGGUGCUCGGGCUCCAUUACCAGGGCAACGCCACGGCUCUCUUCAUUCUUCCCGAAGAAGGCAAGAUGAGGCAGCUGGAGGAGGGGCUGAGCGAGAAGACACUGAGGAAGUGGCUGAAGAUGUUCACCAAGAGGCAGCUCGAGCUUUAUCUUCCCAAGUUCUCCAUCGAGGGCUCCUACCAGCUGGAUAAAGUCCUGCCCAGGCUGGGGAUCAGCGACGUGUUCACCUCCCACGCCGACCUGUCCGCCAUCACCAGCUACUCCAACAUCCAGGUGUCCGAGAUGCUGCACAAGGCCGUGGUGGAGGUGGACGAGUCGGGAACCAGAGCGGCUGCAGCCACGGCCUCCGUCUUCUUGUUCAGGUCGGCCCGACUCGGCGCGCCCAUCCUCAUGUUCAGCAGGCCCUUCCUCCUGCUCAUUGUGGACAACAACAACAUCCUCUUCGCCGGCAAAGUGGUGCGGCCCUGAGGGGCGGCUGCCCCCGAAAUGCCCAGGCCCCCCUUCUCGGCCCACCUCUCCGCUGCUGGUAGCUAGCUGUCGACCCCGAUCUAGUUGGCUAGUGAGGCAUUGCAAAUCAUAACCCUGAGAUUCCCGUCCCAACGGUGGCUUCCGCACACGACCGCAAGACAGCGGCGCCUUUGAGAACUUUGGAGAACUCUCCAUCGCCCCCACUCUCUGUGGCUGGAGGGUAGCACCGGGGCCCAGACACAGUGCCUGCCUUGCCCACGCUCACACAGCACGCUAGUGGCAAAGAUGCCUGGAGUCCAGGCCCGUGGUGCUCGGUCCAGGGGGUGUGGGGAGAGGUGUUCUAGCAGUGAGCACCCCCAGGAGUCACGUGUCCGAGCCUAGUCCCCACCCAUCAGCAACAGCUGCCAGUUCAUUGUGCUUGGGAAGAAACUUCCCAAGGUGUCUGGAAAGGGACCACUGUCCCGGCCCUAACCUGCUGCGUGACGUCGGGGGACAUCCCUCCCUCCCUCUCUGGGCAUCAGAGCAUCCUGGCAAGGAUUCAGUCCCGGACCCUGAAAUCACUAGGAAGCCCGGGCGUUCUCCGGUGGUCUCACCCCUGGAGCACGACAGUGGUGCCUCAGACCGGAAGUGGGCCAGCGGAAGGUUGCACCCUCCCAGCUGCAGGCAGGCCAGGCAGGUGAGGGGAGAAUGGAGGCCUCUGCACACAGCCGCGCAUCAGCCGCGGAUGCCGGAGACUCGCGUUCGGGGUUUUAUAUAGGCGAUAACAAUAAAGGAUUUUGCAGACA